AUGUCAACUUUUCUCAUUUUCCUACUAUUUUCAUUCCUACAAUCCAUAAAUUCAUAUAGAAUUCUCGUAUUUUCACCGGGUUGUAGUAAGUCACAUUUAAUAUCAAAUGGAAGAUUAGCAGAUGAAUUAGCACAAGCUGGACAUCAUGUGGUAUGUUUCAGAAUGUUUCCAUGAUCAGUUUAAUUUCAAAUCUUGAUAUUUUGUUCAGACUUUGUUGGAAAUUGAUAUGUUGAAUAACACAAGAAACACAAAAACUUCCAAAUUUGCAACUCGAAGAAUAGUGGAAGGUUUGGAAAGUGCCCCAAAAUUUCAAAAAUUAUUAUCCGAUCUUUCUGAAAAUGUUAUGCAUGAACCAUCUGUUUUGGACAUUGCACGUGGUUUUUGGAGUUAUCAAAAAUCAUUCAACGAAAUUUGCGAAGAAUUUUUGAAGAAUCAUAAAAUAUUCGACGAAAUGAAGGCGGCCAAAUUUGAUGCAUUUUUUGGAGAACAAAUAAACAUGUGUGGUUUCGGUUAUGCCCACGCAUUACAAAUUCCGAGAAGAUUUUUGAUUGUCAGGUGAGAAAAGGUGAAAAGGACAUUUUCGAACAAACCACAUUUUUUCACAUGUUUAUGCAAUAUAAAUAUCAUGUGAAAAGGUAUAUGUUAAUUAUUAGGUAUGGAAAUUAGAGCGGCACAAAACAACAAGGAAGUUGACAUUUACAUUUUAUGAGAAACCAGAAUUUAGUUUGACCUUUUGAUUUUCGAACAGUUCCAAGGGAUUUCCAAGAUGUCCAAAUUUAACGCAAACUAAUUUGAUUCCUCAGAACUUUUUCAAAGUUAGCCUUUUCAGUUGUCCUUUUCACGGCCCAGCUUAUGAUCAAAUUGGACUUCCAAUGGCAAUCGCGGAUAUUCCUAUGACUUCCGAUUUAAGCCCAAAUCCAACAAUUGGAGAAAGAGCAAUAAAUAUUGCAAAAACAAUGACACAAUUAUGGGAAUUUAGAAUUCUGAACAUGUAUUUGACUGACAUUUUCAGAGCUGAAUAUGGACAAGAAUUCCCACAAAUUCUAGAUAUUCUUCGUGAAAUUGAUUUCUCGUUUGUGACAACUGAUGAAAUUGUCGAUCAUUCUUCGGUUACUCUUCAAAAUGUGUUACAUGUUGGUGGUUUAGGAAUUCCAGAAGAUCAUUCCGAACUGAAAGAACCAUUUUUGAGUGAAAUGAAGAAAGGAAAAAAUGGAGUUGUGUUGUUUUCUUUGGGAACAAUUGCAAAUACAACAAGACUUCCGAAAACUGUAAUGCAAUCAUUUUUGAAAAUUGUACAACAAUUCCCAGAUUAUCAUUUCUUGGUUAGAGCUGAUAAAUAUGAUGUAGACACUUUUGAAGCUUCCAAAACUAUAAAUAAUGUGAUAAUAUCCGAUUGGCUUCCACAACCACAGAUUUUGAGUGAGUUGGGCUCUACAGAUUUCGAGAAAAAUAAUGGAAUAACUUUCAGAUCAUCCACGUUUGAAGCUGUUCAUAACUCACGCAGGUUAUAAUAGUAUUAUGGAAAGUGCCAGAGCUGGUGUUCCACUAAUAACUAUUCCAUUUAUGUUUGAUCAGAAUCAGUAAGUUUUAGUAACACCUCAGGUUUAUAUUGAAAAACUAUAAAUUUUUAGAAAUAGUCGAGCAGUUGAAAUGAAAAAAUGGGGAAUUCGACGAACUAAAGAUCUUCUGAUUAGUAAUCCAGAAUCAAUCAGAGAAGCGAUUUAUAAAAUAUUGAAUGAACCAGAAUAUACACAAAAUGCACAUCGAAUUCGAGAUUUGAUUGCAUCGAAACCAAUGAGUUCCAAGGAAAAGUUCAUCAAAACAACAGAAUGGGUUAUUGAAAAUAAAGGAGUUCCGGAAUUAUUAUUCCAAGGUCGAAAUACAAAUACAAUAAUCUAUUAUAAUCUCGAUAUUAUUCUACCAAUUUUCCUGUUUUUCGGAUUUAUUUUGAUACCUUCAAUUAUCAAAAUGUAUGUCUGGAGUUGUUUUGGACACUUGAGCGACAAGAAAUCAAAAGUCGAAUGA